AUGUCAGACAGUGGGCUACAGAGGACAGCAACAAAAAUUCAACAUUUGCGUCGAAGGAAAUUGUAUGAAGAGAAGAGAAAACGUUUGCAAGCAAUCAAGCUCUACAAUGAGCAGGUGCCAGAUGAGGAGCGCAUCGCUGAGGAGAAGGUGGUCAGCGUGGGGGGUGGAGACAGUGGGGCAGACAGUCUAAUAUGGCCAUGGGAAGUGCACAGCAGUGAAUCCAGCAACAUCCUUACCAAGAAGAAGAUUUUUGAUGCGUACAUGUCAAAAGUGCGGCUUGAAGAGGAAAGUAUCAUUGUGAUGAGGGAGAUGAGACAGCACUGCACCUACCUCAGAAAGCUGGCUGGGAACAUCAGGACAAUGACAUCAGAAAUGUCUUCUGGCAGAAACAGUGGUAGUAUAAGUGAAGAAGGUCAUCGCGGACUACUGUGUCUUCUUCAGAAAAGGCUUGCAGAUGUGGAGGAGGAGUUUCAAAUCAUAUGCUCAAGUUACAGCCAGGCUUUCGGACCAAAUGUGGCUUCUCUGCUGGAGGAUGGGCCUGAAGAGAUACUGGAGGACCAUGAAGAAUUUUAUUAUGAGAGUUCAGAUGACAGUGAAUUUGAAGCAAUGGAAAUUAGUGGUUCUUAACUGGUGGGAUGUGUUGAAGAAUGUGUGUCAGUUGUGAGUGGAUUGCAGGUGUGUUUCAAGAAAAACAACAAACUUUAUUUUGAAGUGUAUUGGAUGUUUGAUACAGUGCUUUUAUAUUUUUUUUAUGUGAUUUUCCAAAACUCAGCUUACAAACAGCAGGUUGGUUAAGUUCCCCUCCACCUCCAGUGUUUCACAGACUAUUUCUACAUGCAACUGUGGUGCUACAGCUUGUGAAUUACACCAGCCAUCUUGUCAACAUUAUGACCUUUAAUUUACAAAUGUUCAAAACCGUUCAAAAUCUAUUCUCCCUACAUUACAUACGUUAAAAAUCUAUGUUACAUAUUACGAUUUCACUAAUUUAAUGCUUUCAGAUUGUUUUAUACUGUACACUCCUGUAUAAUGUUAUUCACAGGUAUUUUGGUUACUUUAGGAGUGAACCAUUUA